GCAACUUUUCCAUUGAGAGUGGGGCGGCUUUUGUUUUCCUCAUUGGCGGGCGCGUUAAUGAUAAUGACAAUAUUAUUAUAAUAAAACCAAAAGAGCUCUGUCGGAACCGUAAUUAAUGGAAUCGUUACUAUCAGAGCAUUGUUAAACAGCAAUAAAACGAAAAAGGUCCUAGAAAUAAUCAAGCAAACUGACAAACAAUUCGCACCGUCUGCUUAUAAUGGGACAAUCAAUAAAUCGCAUAGUCAGACGCCUGUUAAAUCUAUAACUGAGUAAACAUGGUUUAUAGUUCCAAUGGAGAGAGAAGGCCCCUGCUAAUCCACGUAGUUCCAAGACCGCUCAGGAAACUAGGCUCCAGAGGAUUGGGCGUCCGCCACUGGCAAGCCGUUCUCCUGUUCGUCGGCAUGAUGAUCAACUACUUCCAGCGGGUCAACAUCUCGGCUGCCAUUGUUCCCAUGACCCAGUCCACCGCAGGCGCUCCUUUCUACAAUUGGGACACGUCGGACAAGUCCUUGAUCCUCAGCAGCUUCUUCUGGGGCUAUGUGGUGUCCCAGGUGCCAGCAGGUCUCCUGGCCAGGCGAUUUGGCGCCAAGGUAGUCCUGGGCUCUGCCACGGCGAUUGGCGGCCUCCUGUGCUUCUUUCAUCCCAUGGCAGCCAGCAGUGGCUGGGAGAGUAUCUGUGCCCUGCGAGUCCUCACCGGACUAGUCCAGGGCACGGUUUAUCCUUGUGUCCACACCCUCCUGGCCAAGUGGGUGCCGCGCACGGAGCGAGGACUGCUCACCACUGGCGUCUAUUCGGGUGCCCAGUUCGGCACGGCUGUUAUCCUGGCCACCAGUGGCCUUAUCUUCGAGUCCAACAUGGGCUGGCCGGGACUAUUCUACCUAUCCGGCGGUCUGAGCCUGGCCUGGGCCCUGCUCUUCUUUUGGCAGGCGGCCAAUGAACCCGCAACGGCCGGAAGGAUCAGCAAGAGCGAAAGGGAAUACAUCGAGAGCCUUACGGGCAGCAACAGUGCGAGUCAGUCCGUGGCCGUGCCCUGGAUGUCAAUCUUCAAGUCUCCAGCCUUCUAUGGUCUGCUGGCAGCCCAUUGUGGAUUCACCUGGGGCUUCUACACGCUGCUCACGGAAAUGCCCACGUACUUGAGCAGUGUCCUGCAGCUUAACGUCAAAUCCAAUGCUUUCCUCUCCUCUCUGCCGUACUUCGCCAUGGGCCUGCUCUGCAUCGUGGUCAGUCCCAUAUCGGAUUUGCUCAUCAACCGAGGCACUAUAUCGAUCACCACGGCCCGCAAGCUCUUCAACUCCAUAGGACAGUGGGGACCGAUGGUCUGUUUGAUCGGAUUGGGAUACAUGACGGCCGGCGAGAAGACGUGGGCCAUCCUUCUCCUAACACUGGCGGUGGGCAUCAACGCGGGCUGCUCUUGCGGCUACCUGAUCAACCACAUCGAUCUGUCGCCCAACUUUGCCGGACCCAUGAUGGGAGUCACCAAUGGGAUUGCGGGAGUGACCUCCAUAGUGGCUCCCUUAGUGGUUGGAGCGAUCAUAUCGAAUGAGGAGGAUCCCAGCCAGUGGCGAGUGGUGUUCUUUAUCACGGGCGGCAUUUACCUGGUGUGCAACACUCUCUUCGUGAUCUUUGGCAAGGCCACUGUUCAGCCGUGGAACGAUCCGCCGUCCACGUCCAGCACGGUGACGCUGCGCAACCACCUGGAAAGUGAUUCAAAGUCCAUCGCUCCCACGUCGGACAAUGACAAUCGGUUUUAAAGCUUGGCCUGC